CCGGCCGGCCCUCGCUCGGUGUGUCCGGGCAGGUUCCAGCCGCCGGUCCCGGGCGGUGGCUCCGGGCCGGGUUUUGCUGGCUCCCGCCGCCCCCUCCCGGAGCCGGUGCGCCGGGGAGCGGGGCGAGCAGGCGGCUUGUCAUUGCUGGUGCCCGGCGCCGGCUCGGUCCGCGCGUCCUGCGGUGCCCACGGGCCCGGCCCGGCGCCCCCCUCCCGGCCGCCCCGGGGGCGCGACGCCGCCGCCGCGCCCGCUUCCAGCCGCGCCCCCGCCAGGCCCCGCGCCGCCCGCCUCCCACCUGAGCCCCCCACGGCCGCUGCGGGGAGCCCGAGCCGUCGGCGCGGGAGCUGCUGGCGCUGCGGCGCCCCCGCCCCGCCGUCUGCCGAGGAGGCCCCGGCGGAUGGGGCCGCGCGGGCCCCGGAGCUGCGCCGCCGGGCGGCGGGGGGCUGCAGGGGCGCCCCCGCGGCCCCGUUAACCCCGCGGCGGCCGCUGCCACCGCCGCCGCCCCCGGCCGGGGGGGCUGGGAGGUCUCCUGGGCGCACACGUGCCACCUCCUUCGGAGCCGCGAAGCUGCGGGGGAGAUGCAGGCCGCGGCCGGCGCCGCCUCGGGGGGCUCCGCCUCGCCCCAGCCCCCGGAGCUCUGACGCCGCCCCCGCCCCGCCGCCUCCCUCCCCUCCCCGGAGGGGCGCGGACCCGCUCGCCCCCCACCUACAGCCGCCGCCGCCGCCUCCCGAGCUCCGAGAGCCUCAUUUUUUAAUUCUGUGAUUUGGCUGGUGGCGGCGGUGCGGGGCCGGAGGAAGGAGGGGACACGGAGGCCGCCCUCGCCAGCCGCCCCUCCUCCGUUUCCCCCCCGCCCGCCCCGGUUCCGGGAGAUGUGCGGGGCGGGGGGCCGGGGUCCGCGGAGCCGCAGGAGGGACGCGCAGGGCCCCGCUCGCAGCGGCGCCGGACAGGCUGGUGGGCCCGGCUGCGGGGCCCCCUGGUGAUGCGGGGCGAGGACCCCCGCACCGGCCACUGAGCGCCCGACACGCCGGCCGCCGCCAUGGCCCGCCUGGCCGCCGCCCUGUGGAGCCUCUGCGUCACCGCCGUGCUGGUCACCUCCGCCACCCAAGGCCUGAGCCGGGCUGGACUCCCGUUCGGGCUGAUGCGCCGGGAGCUGGCAUGCGAAGGCUACCCCAUCGAGCUGCGGUGCCCGGGCAGUGACGUCAUCAUGGUGGAAAACGCCAAUUACGGGCGCACGGACGACAAGAUCUGCGACGCUGACCCUUUCCAGAUGGAGAAUGUGCAGUGCUACCUGCCCGACGCCUUCAAGAUCAUGUCGCAGAGGUGUAAUAACCGCACCCAGUGUGUGGUGGUUGCCGGCUCCGACGCCUUUCCUGACCCCUGUCCUGGGACCUACAAGUACCUGGAGGUGCAGUACGACUGUGUCCCCUACAAAGUGGAGCAGAAAGUCUUCGUGUGCCCAGGGACCCUGCAGAAGGUGCUGGAGCCCACCUCCACGCACGAGUCGGAGCACCAGUCUGGUGCGUGGUGCAAGGACCCGCUGCAGGCGGGAGACCGCAUCUACGUCAUGCCCUGGAUCCCCUACCGCACGGACACGCUGACCGAGUACGCCUCGUGGGAGGACUACGUGGCGGCGCGCCACACCACCACCUACCGCCUGCCCAACCGCGUGGACGGCACCGGCUUCGUGGUCUACGACGGCGCCGUCUUCUACAACAAGGAGCGCACGCGCAACAUCGUCAAGUACGACCUGCGCACGCGCAUCAAGAGCGGGGAGACCGUCAUCAACACGGCCAACUACCACGACACCUCGCCCUACCGCUGGGGGGGCAAGACGGACAUCGACCUGGCCGUGGACGAGAACGGGCUGUGGGUCAUCUAUGCCACCGAGGGCAACAACGGGCGGCUGGUGGUGAGCCAGCUCAACCCCUACACGCUGCGCUUCGAGGGCACCUGGGAGACGGGGUACGACAAGCGCUCAGCGUCCAACGCCUUCAUGGUGUGCGGCGUCCUCUACGUGCUGCGCUCCGUCUACGUGGACGACGACAGCGAGGCCGCUGGCAACCGCGUGGACUACGCCUUCAACACCAACGCCAACCGCGAGGAGCCCGUCAGCCUGGCCUUCCCCAACCCCUACCAGUUCGUCUCCUCCGUGGACUACAACCCCCGUGACAACCAGCUCUACGUCUGGAACAACUACUUCGUGGUGCGCUACAGCCUGGAGUUUGGGCCUCCAGACCCCAGUGCCGGCCCAGCCACUUCCCCGCCCCUCAGCACGACCACCACAGUCCGGCCUACACCCCUCACCAGCACGGCCUCGCCUGCAGCCACCACCCCACUCCGCCGGGCACCCCUCACCACACACCCGGUGGGUGCCAUCAACCAGCUGGGACCUGACCUGCCUCCAGCCACAGCCCCGGCCCCCAGCACCCGGCGGCCCCCAGCCCCUAACCUGCACGUGUCUCCGGAGCUCUUCUGCGAACCUCGGGAGGUGCGGCGGGUCCAGUGGCCGGCCACCCAGCAGGGCAUGCUGGUGGAGAGGCCCUGCCCCAAGGGGACUCGAGGAAUUGCCUCCUUCCAGUGUCUACCAGCCCUGGGGCUCUGGAACCCCCGGGGCCCUGACCUCAGCAACUGCACCUCCCCCUGGGUCAACCAGGUGGCCCAGAAGAUCAAGAGCGGGGAGAAUGCAGCCAACAUUGCCAGUGAGCUGGCCCGCCACACCCGGGGCUCCAUUUACGCGGGAGACGUGUCUUCCUCCGUGAAGCUGAUGGAGCAGCUGCUGGACAUCCUGGAUGCCCAGCUGCAGGCUCUGCGGCCCAUUGAGCGCGAGUCGGCUGGCAAGAACUACAACAAGAUGCACAAGCGGGAGAGAACCUGCAAGGACUACAUUAAGGCUGUGGUGGAAACGGUGGACAACCUGCUGCGGCCAGAGGCUCUCGAGUCCUGGAAGGACAUGAAUGCCACAGAGCAGGUGCAUACAGCCACCAUGCUCCUGGACGUCCUGGAGGAGGGUGCCUUCCUGCUGGCCGACAAUGUCAGGGAGCCGGCCCGCUUUUUGGCUGCCAAACAGAAUGUGGUCCUGGAGGUCACAGUUCUGAACACAGAGGGCCAAGUCCAGGAGCUGGUGUUCCCCCAGGAGUACCCAAGCGAGAACUCCAUCCAGCUGUCCGCCAACACCAUCAAGCAGAACAGCCGCAAUGGGGUGGUCAAAGUCGUCUUCAUCCUCUACAACAACCUGGGUCUCUUCCUGUCCACUGAGAACGCCACGGUGAAGCUGGCUAGCGAAACGGGCGCAGGCAGCCCAGGGGGCACCUCCCUGGUGGUGAACUCACAGGUCAUCGCAGCCUCUAUCAAUAAGGAGUCCAGUCGUGUCUUCCUCAUGGACCCUGUCAUCUUUACUGUCGCCCACCUGGAGGCCAAGAACCACUUCAAUGCUAACUGCUCCUUCUGGAACUACUCGGAGCGCUCCAUGCUGGGCUACUGGUCGACCCAGGGCUGCCGCCUGGUGGAGUCCAACAAGACCCACACCACAUGUGCCUGCAGCCACCUCACCAACUUUGCCGUGCUCAUGGCUCACCGUGAGAUCUACCAGGGCCGCAUCAAUGAGCUGCUGCUGUCGGUCAUCACCUGGGUAGGCAUCGUGAUCUCCCUGGUCUGCUUGGCCAUCUGCAUCUCCACCUUCUGCUUCCUGCGGGGACUGCAGACUGACCGCAACACCAUCCACAAGAACCUGUGCAUCAACCUCUUCCUGGCUGAGCUGCUCUUCCUGGUUGGCAUAGACAAGACUCAGUAUGAGAUUGCCUGCCCCAUCUUCGCUGGCCUGCUGCACUACUUUUUCCUGGCUGCCUUCUCCUGGCUGUGCCUGGAGGGUGUGCACCUCUAUUUGCUGCUGGUAGAGGUGUUUGAGAGCGAGUACUCCCGCACCAAGUACUACUACCUAGGUGGCUACUGCUUCCCGGCCCUGGUGGUAGGCAUCGCAGCUGCCAUUGACUACCGCAGCUAUGGCACCGAGAAGGCCUGCUGGCUCCGAGUGGAUAAUUAUUUCAUCUGGAGCUUCAUUGGGCCUGUCUCCUUUGUUAUUGUGGUGAACCUGGUGUUCCUCAUGGUGACCCUGCACAAGAUGAUCCGGAGCUCAUCUGUGCUCAAGCCUGACUCGAGUCGCCUAGACAACAUUAAAUCCUGGGCCCUGGGGGCCAUCGCGCUGCUCUUCCUGCUCGGCCUCACCUGGGCCUUCGGCCUCCUCUUCAUCAACAAGGAGUCGGUCGUCAUGGCCUAUCUCUUCACCACCUUCAACGCCUUCCAGGGGGUCUUCAUCUUCGUCUUUCACUGCGCCUUACAGAAGAAGGUGCACAAGGAGUACAGCAAGUGCCUGCGACACUCCUACUGCUGCAUCCGCUCCCCGCCCGGGGGAGCUCACGGCUCGCUUAAGACCUCAGCCAUGCGGAGCAACACCCGCUACUACACAGGGACCCAGGUACCUGAGCUGGGGCCAGGCGCUAGGCAGGGCUCCCUGGGACUGAGUGUUAGACCCGGGAGCCCCAGGGGCGGGCAGUGCUUUGUCCAGGUCCCUGGUGGUGGUCACCAGGCGAGUGGUCUCAGAAAGCUUCUGGACGGUGGACAGCUUGAGGGUCCCCUUAUGUCUGGGCUGUAUCCCCAGAGCCGAAUUCGGAGGAUGUGGAACGACACCGUGAGGAAACAGACAGAAUCUUCCUUCAUGGCGGGUGACAUCAACAGUACCCCCACUCUGAACCGAGGUACCAUGGGGAACCACCUGCUGACCAACCCCGUGCUGCAGCCCCGUGGGGGCACUAGCCCCUACAACACCCUCAUUGCCGAGUCAGUGGGCUUCAACCCCUCCUCACCCCCCGUCUUCAACUCCCCAGGGAGCUACCGGGAACCCAAGCACCCCUUGGGAGGCCGGGAAGCCUGUGGCAUGGACACACUGCCCCUCAACGGCAACUUCAACAACAGUUACUCCUUGCGAAGUGGGGAUUUCCCUCCAGGGGAUGGGGCGCCUGAGCCACCCCGAGGCCGGAACCUGGCAGAUGCUGCCGCCUUUGAGAAGAUGAUCAUCUCGGAGCUGGUGCACAACAACCUGCGGGGCAGCAGCAGCGGGGCCAAAGGCCCUCCACCGCCUGAGCCCCCGGGGCCACCUGUGCCGGGGGGUGGCAGCGAGGAAGAGGCUGGUGGGCCCGGGAGUGCUGACCGGGCAGAGAUUGAACUUCUCUACAAGGCCCUGGAGGAGCCUCUGCUGCUGCCCCGGGCCCAGUCGGUGCUGUACCAGAGCGAUCUGGACGAGUCGGAGAGCUGCACAGCAGAGGACGGGGCCACCAGCCGGCCCCUCUCCUCCCCUCCGGGCCGGGACUCCCUCUAUGCCAGUGGGGCCAACCUUCGGGACUCGCCCUCCUACCCGGACAGCAGCCCUGAGGGGCCCAGCGAGGCCCUGCCCCCACCCCCACCCGCACCUCCUGUCCCCCCUGAAAUCUACUACACCUCGCGCCCUCCAGCCUUGGUGGCCCGAAACCCCCUGCAGGGCUACUACCAGGUGCGGCGGCCCAGCCACGAAGGCUAUUUGGCAGCCCCAGGCCUUGAGGGGCCAGGGCCUGAUGGGGAUGGGCAGAUGCAGCUGGUCACCAGCCUCUGAGGGACCUCGUGGACCAGGGGCUGGUGGCCCAGGCCAGGGAGGGAACCCUGAGUAGGGCUCUGAUGGCCUAGGGAGACUGAAGGAGGCAGUGGCUGGAGGGCCACUUUCCAGGCAUCCCUUGACUGAGGGCCCUCCAGGCCUCUUGGGGGCUCUGCUAUGGAGACCUGAGGUGCAGGGUUCACAGACAGGGUUUCCCACCAGCCACACGCACCAGCUUACUUUGGGGGAAAUGCCAUGAGGAGGAACCCAGAGGUCCCAAGGGGAAUAAGGAAGGAGAAAUCGGAAGGGUACAUCUCACUCUCGACUUCCCCCUCCCCGCUACUCUUCCAAUCUGCUGGAGAGAAAUGAGGGCUUUGGUGUCCCUGGACCAACGGCCCUGCUGGAUGGAACCUAUCAAUCUGCACCUCUUUCUGUAGUCGGAAAUGCUAGGCUGCACCAGGAGGGAGCACUGGGGCAGAAGGACAGAUGGACAGGUUCCUCCUACACUACAGCUCCCUGCUCCCAGAGACUGGGGCCUCUGGCCCAGGAGAUACGCCCCAGGGCAAGAGGAAUGGGCAUUCGUGGCUGAUGGUGUAAAGGUUGGAUUUUUCUCUGAAGCUCCUUCCCUCUGCUCUUAGUCCCUGCCUCCCCAGCAAACCCGUCCCCUCUGCCCUCCUCAAGUGCACCCAAUGACCCCCUCCCUUGGGGUGACUCCUGAUGAAGCACAACUCCCUGAAGGGCCCCCAGCCCACAGGGGUGGCCAUAUUGGGGCAGUUCCAAUCCUGUGGGCUUGGCUAUCUGGGGAGCAGAUAUUGGGUCUGGAUCUCCCUGGGGAGUGGGUCCUGGGUUUGGAUCUUUCCCUAGGGGGCCUUCUUUCCUUUCCUCUUUCCUCCUCUCCCGUUGCUGUAAAUAUUUCAAAGAAAUGGAAAAGACAAAAAAAAAGAAAAAAAAAGAAAAUCUCAUCACUUGAAGCCACCAGGAGCCUGCGGCCCAGCCCGCCCGGGCUUUCUCCGGAGCAGAGCGAUACCGCUGGGCCCUGGCAGCCCGGACUUCUCCGUGUACGUGUGCAUCCCGGCCAGGUGGGCGGCCACCAGAGCAGCUUUUUACAAUCCAGAGACAGAAAAAAACAAAAACUAGAAGCAACAGCAAAACAAAGAACCUGUUUCCUUCCAGGCACCUAUUUCUGUUGCCUCCUUCCCUGCUCCGCCUGACCCUGGCAUCAGUCAGCCCUCCUGGGGCGUGUACCUCACUGCCUGCCCUAGGACCAGGGAGCUGUCUGCCCCUUCCCUCCCCACUGGCCCAGGGGAGGCACCCCUCACACCCAAAGAUGCUUUUGCCAAGAUGGCUGUGCUGUCCCUUUGAGUUCCUGCCUCUUGUAUAUUGCUUCUGGAACUCUGGGCUGGGGCUGGGGGGCUGAUUUCCUGCCUAGAGAGGUUAAUGGGGGAGGAAAAUGAGGACAGCAGGGUUUGAUGUGACUGAGGAGGACCGACCAGGAAUGAUGAGGUCUUGUUUGGGUGUGAGUGGGGCUGGUAUAGGAUGCAAAGGUGAAAUAGCACCUUCCCUACCAUACACCAACAGAGGAGGCAAAGGAAGAGACCAGGGCCUCUAGUCAGGACACCCAUGUUUUGGGGGCUCAACCCUAAACCUGCAGGCCCUAAAGAAGUAUCAGGUUUGGAAUGUCUCCUGAGUACCUCUUCUGGCCCCCUCUCUAGCCUGUCCCUCUGGCCCUCCGGAACACACAAAUUCUGGGGGUAGUAUAGUCCCGUUGCCACACUAACACAGCCCCAUAAUUGCCAUUUCCUCGGGGGUGGCUCUCCACCUCUGCUCAGACCCCCUCGUCGCUUUUGCCCCUUCCUCUUUUCUCACAAGUGCCAUGAGUUUUCAAACAUCUUUGGGUCUCAGUCUGCUGCUACCAUGAACUUUUUGGGUUAAAGGGGAGGGGCUGUAGGGAGAAACUAGAGAAAAGGGACAGGUAGGUGGCUGGAGGGGCCCUUUUUGCUGCUAGAAAGCCCCUCCCUUCUGGGGAGCUGAGGCUGGCUUGUCCCCAUCAGGGGAGAAGGGGUCAGACCAAAGACGGUGGUUUGCCCUGUGUAGGGGUACUUGUGUGGGGAGAAGGCAGUGCUGGGUUCCAUCGCUGGCUUUUUCUGGCUGGGAGGCUUACCCUGUUCAGAAGACCGUGGGUGAGUCUGGACCCAGGGAAGUAAGGGCGGGGAUGAUCUUGUCCAGAUGGCUCUGUGGGAGGAUGAGAACCAGCUCUGUGGCCUGCCUGGGUUUUAAGAGGGGCAGCUAGAGGUCUGCAGAGAGACGCGGGCAAAUGGAGGAGAUGGCCUGGCCCAUGUAUCAUCCCAGCUAGGACCAGCGGCUGCCUCUGACACCAGGAGGACUGGCAGAGUUAGCAGGGUGGGAGAGUUUCCAGGGGAACUGGAGGCAUGCAAGGAGCCCCCCAUCCUCUCCCUGCCCUGCUUUUUAACUCCAGACGGACAAUCAAGGGGAGAGAGGGUCAGUGGGCCCCUUGGUUCCCAUUCCAGCCAGAUUCACCAAGGUGAAUUCCUAGGCCUCAAAACUGUGUGCAGGGCCCCCUGGUGGGGCUGAACACCACUGCAGCACAGUGCAAAACCUCCACCCAGAGCCCAGGUGUCCAUCCCUGCACCCCAACCAGACCUGGUGCCUUGACACCCCCACCCCCACUGGGACGGUAUAGAGAAGAAAGGGUCUUGGUUUCCUCUCCUAUUCCCUUCCUUGGGCUCCUAAAUUCAUUUGCUCUUCAAUCUUAAUUUUUAUCUGGGGUGGUUUUGUUUUGUGGGUGUGUUUUUUUGUUUUCCUUGCCUUCCUUUCUGUGUCUCCACCUCUUUCCAUUUUUCUCACUGUCUCUAUGUUCCUUUUCUCUCUCAAUUUCUCUGUCCAUUCGGGCCUCCCCUCCUCCAUGCCCCCAGUCCCUCCUUGGUCUCCUUUUCGAUAUGCCAAACCAAUUUUGGGUCGAGUGCAUUUAACGAGAACAAAACAAAAAAGGCUCAUAACAACAAGAACGUUUCAGAAAAAAAGUUUUAAAAAAUUGUUGAGUCAAAAAACAAUAAAGAAAAUAAGAUUUCUUGGAA